AAAGUGAAAAUCAAAAUCAAAAUCUCCCAAAUAAUGAAGGAGAAGAAGGGCGAAAGAAAAGAGAGAGAGAGAGAGAGAGAGAGAGAGAGAGAGAGAGAGAGAGAGGGAGACACAUUUGGAUAUUUGUGAUGAGAGAGAGAGAGAGGGAGCAUGGAGAAUCCCAAUGCUAAAGCUCAGAGACACAGACAGCAGAGGUUACUGUUGUCACUCCCUGGCCCUGUUUUGUGACCAAUUAAACUAAAAAAUCCCCACUCUCUCUCUCACACACACACACACUCUCCCUCUCACUCUCUUUCACUCUCACUUUUCCUCAUCUUCCAUAUCAUAUCAUCUUCCACACUCUCUACCACUCUCCUAAUUUUCUUUUUCUCACUCUUAUUUUCCAUCAAACCAAUUGAACCCCACAAAUCUUGUAGCUCCCCAAACUCCAUGAACCAAUCAAAGAUUCCAUUUUUUUGAACGCAAAGCCACAGUCCCCAGACCAAAAAAAAGAAAAAAAAAGAGACAAUAGCGACGGCAUCGAAGAAAUGAGAGAGAACCAACCAUCAACAACCUCGGAGGACGACCACCGAUCGUCGCUUCUGGAUCUGGCUCGGGCCGAGAUCACCGAAUCCUCCUCCUCCAAGACCCGAACCUGCUCGGGCCUCCAGGGUCCAGGUUCGGGUUCCGGGUCGGGUCCUUCCGAGUCUCAGGCCCCGUUCCCGGACCAAGUCCUCGAGAACGUUCUGGAAAACGUACUCCACUUCCUCUCCUCUCGCCGCGACCGCAACGCGGCCUCAUUGGUGUGCCGCUCCUGGUACCGUGCUGAGGCCCUCACCCGAUCCGAACUCUUCAUAGGGAACUGCUACGCGCUCUCACCGAACCGGGCCACGGCCCGGUUCACUCGCGUCCGGUCCGUAACUGUAAAGGGGAAGCCACGGUUUGCGGACUUCGAUCUGCUGCCGCCUGAUUGGGGGGCCCACUUCUUCCCUUGGGCCUCGGCCCUGGCCCAAGCCUACCCCUGGCUCGAGAAGCUCCACCUCAAACGCAUGUCCGUCACCGACCGCGACCUCGCUCUCGUCGCCGAUUCCUUCGCCUCCUUUCGCGAACUCGUUCUCGUUUGCUGCGAAGGCUUCGGCACUCGCGGCCUCGCCACCGUCGCCGCCAAGUGCAGAUUGCUGAGGGUGCUUGAACUUGUGGAAUCUGUGGUGGAGGUAUCUGACGAUGAUGAAGAAAUAGAUUGGAUAUCGUGUUUUCCGGAGAGUCAAACUAAUAUGGAGUCUCUGGUUUUUGAUUGUGUUGAGUGUCCGAUUAAUUUUGAGGCUUUGGAAGGGUUAGUGGCUAGGUCACCUUGUUUGAAGAAGCUUCGGUUGAACCGUUUUGUUUCCAUGUCUCAGCUCUAUCGAUUAUUGCUUCGAGCUCCGCAGCUCACUCACCUUGGAACAGGUUCCUUCAGUGCCUCUGAGCCUGUGGUGAUUGGCGGUGAUCAGGAGCCGGAUUAUGCCGCCGCUUUUGAGGCUUGCAGAUCCUUGGUUUGCUUGUCUGGAUUCAGGGAGAUUUUGGCAGAUUAUCUUCCGGUGAUUUAUCCGGUCUGUGCAAACCUAACGUCGUUGAAUUUGAGCUAUGCUGAUGUUAACGCACAGCAGCUGAGGUCUGUCAUACGUCAUUGUCAUAAGCUGCAGAUAUUCUGGGUGCUUGAUUCGAUAUGUGAUGAGGGACUUCAGGCUGUGGCUGCUACUUGCAAAGACUUGCGUGAGCUUCGGGUUUUCCCUGUGAACACGAGGGAGGAGACCGAGGGUCCAGUUUCUGAGGUGGGGUUUCAAGCGAUUUCUGAGGGUUGCAGGAAGUUGGAAUCAAUAUUGUUUUUCUGCCAGACGAUGACGAAUGCUGCUGUGGUGGCCAUGUCGAAGAACUGCCCAGAUCUUGUGGUGUUCCGUCUCUGUAUAAUUGGGCAGUAUCGGCCAGAUCCUGUGACUUUCCAACCCAUGGAUGAGGGUUUUGGUGCUAUUGUUAUGAACUGCAAGAAGCUCACCCGGCUUGCUGUGUCUGGUUUGCUGACUGAUCGAGCUUUUGAGUACAUUGGGACGUAUGGGAAAUUGGUUAGGACACUGUCGGUUGCCUUUGCCGGAGACACUGACCUUGGUCUCAAAUAUGUGCUUGAAGGAUGCCCUAAUUUGCAAAAGCUUGAAAUCAGGGAUAGCCCAUUUGGUGAUGGAGCUCUGCGAUCUGGUCUGCAUCAUUAUUACAACAUGAGAUUCCUAUGGAUGUCAACCUGUAAGUUGACGCGCCAAGCUUGCCAAGAAGUUGCACAAGCGUUGCCCCACCUGGUUUUGGAAGUGAUCAACAGUGAGGAAGAUGCAAAGGAUGAUAUUGAGAUAUUGUACAUGUAUCGGUCUCUUGAUGGGCCACGGGAUGAUGCUCCAAGAGUUGUUACUAUCUUGCAUUAGAUAUUUUUAAUUCAAGAAGAUUUUAGCACUUUCCAAUGGUGGCUGUUGGGUGAAAUAUGAUAGAGCAGGGAGUUUUAAAUAAACCUGCCAGGACAUUUCUCUACUAUCCAGGCAAACAAAGUUAAGCAUACAACUCCUGUUCUUGGUGCGUGCUACUGUGAUGGCAGGCCACAAAGAUCCUAUUGAGGGGAUGGGGGUUUACAUUUCUCUGUUCGCCUUUGUUUAUGUUAGAGGACUAAGGAUUGGGAGGAGUAGAAUAAUAGGAAAGGGUAGAGGAAGAAUGAUUCUAAUAUGAAGUUCUGCAGGCAUUGGGCCAUUCAAUGUUGUUGUACUGUCACAGUUUUAAGUUUAUGUAUUUUUUUUCCCUUUUAUAUUCAUUUUAUCAUAACGGAAAACUGCCUGAGGAGGGGGGAGGAGAGACUGCUGAAGCGACUCUGAGGAUUGACUAAUAAGAGCAUUAUUUCAUUUCCUUGGUCAAAUAGAUGGUACAUUGAGAGCAGAUUUGGAAGGAUCGAAACAGAAGAAGAUUUGGAGAGGUGAUGUUCUCUAACUUAUCCAUCAUACCAUAUCAGUAGAGAAGCAAACUAUGUAUUCACUUUGUAAGGAACUUAGUCUCUUUAUUUGGAUUCAAAUGAUAGUUAGUUCAAGCUUUAGGUGGCCAGAAUCCAAACCCCAGGGUCUGAUAUAUACCUAUCUCUUUCUCCCUAAUCUCAAAUGUGUUUUACUUCUCUCGCGGAUGUGUUGAUGUAGCACCUGACUGUUGAAAUUUAUUGUUAUUGUUAGCAAUUGUGAGACGGUUAAUAAAUGCCAGAAUAUGCAUGGACCAUAUAUAGUCUCUAAAUCUUUCGUUUUCGGAAUGUGGAAUGAUCGACAGUGAGACCUAUUAAUUAUGUAUGGAAAGUGUCAUUCAAGUACACGUUGCAGGACCCCCUUUCUUCUCGUGGGGUUCCAUUGACAUGCUUGAGGAUCCCUUUUAACAGAAAAAGAAAAGGGGGUGUUUGAUGAUCCUGAUCAUCCAUCAGAUCUUUGCGAGGAGCUUGCGGGCUCUUCCAGUUCUCAGUAACCUCACACAUGCCUAUAUGUUUAUAUAGAGGGAAAAAACUAGAAUUUAUUAGGCGCAGUCUGAAUAAGUUCCUCAUGCUUUGAAUAUAGAUAUUGUAUUAUUAGGCUGAUGUGUAUAUUUGUAAAUAUAUGGGUUCCAAUUUUCAUAGGGUGUGAGGGGACCAAUAAUUUGAUGACCGGUCUCCCCUCCUGCGUUUGCGUUAUAAAGCGGGCAAGUCCACUAACGGACUAUCUCAUUCUCUCU